CACCCCGGUGGUGGCUCCGCCGGCGCCAUCGCGGCGUGGCCGCCCCGUGCCGGGGGCUCCCGGUGCCGCCGCCUCCCGCCCUCGGUAGCGAUGCAGCGGGUGCCGCAUCCCGUGGGGAGCAGUGGACGGGGAUGGAGCCGCUGGACCCCCACGCCCCUCAGCCCCGGCUUUGCUUUCCAGGCUGCAGUGGCAUUUGAGGACGUGGCCAUCUACUUCUCCCCCGAGGAGUGGGUAGAGCUGGCGGAUUGGCAGCGGGAGCUGUACCAGGAAGUGAUGAUGGACAACUACGACCUGGUCGCCUGCCUGGACUCUGUUGACGUCCCGUCCAAGCUCAUCCACAAAAUGGAGCCUGAGGAGGAGCCAUGCGGGGGGGCUCCCCCUGGUGAGGGGGACAGAGCAAAUCCUGACACCGCUGGCUUUGCUGCCUGGGGCAGGGUGGCUGGCGAGGACCCACCCGGGGACAGUGACCAGGGCCACUGGGUCCCACCUCCGCCACCGGCCCGGGAUGCCAAGGAACUGGGGUGCCCCCCUCUGUGCCCUGGUUGGUGCGAGGCAGGGACCUGGGGCUCCCCUAGGGGGCUGCGGGCGUGGGAGCGGGGCGAGCGGCCGCUGGAGCCGGCGGCGGCCGGGGGGCUCCUCAUCUGCGGCACCUGCGGGGAGAACUUCGAGGACACGGCCAGCCUGGGUGCGCACCAGGAGGAGCACCUCCGCCUGGCGCCCGCCCACGAGUGCGCAGCCUGCGGGAAGGUUUUCCGGCACUACCGCAACCUCCUGACGCACAAGAAGCACCGGGGCCGGCACCGGCACACCUGCGGCGACUGCGGCUUCACCUUCUGCCUGCGAGGGGACCUGCUGCGGCACCGGGCCAGCCACGUGGGCGAGGGCAGCUACCCCUGCGCGCUCUGCGGCCGGCGCUUCCGCCACAAGCGGGACCUGCAGGCGCACCGCCGGGAGCACGCGGCCGCCGCGUCGCGCCAGUGCCCCGAGUGCGAGAAGCGCUUCGAGGACGAGGCCAGCCUGAGCCAGCACCGGGCCACCCACGGCGAGGAGCGGCCCUUCGUCUGCGGGCGCUGCGACCGCAGCUUCAGCUGGAAGGAGAGCCUGAUGAUCCACCAGCGCAGCCACGCGCCUGAGCGCUCCCACAAGUGCCCCGUCUGCGGCCGCAGCUUCAGCCGCAGCGGGAACCUGCUGGUGCACCAGCGCGUGCACACGGGCGAGCGGCCCUACGCCUGCGCCCAGUGCGACAAGGCCUUCUGCAACAAGGCCAACCUCAUCACGCACAAGAAGCUCCACCGGCGCUACAGGACUUUUGCCUGCGCCCAGUGCAGGCUGGGCUUCAGGUCCAAGAGCAAGCUGCUCCGGCACCUGCGGGUGCAUGGGGACAGCGGCACCUUCGGCACGGGGGGCGACCCGCCGCAUGGGCAGCCGUAGCUCUCAAACACAUCUUGGACUUCACCCCCACCCCUCCAGACCUCAAGGAAUUCCCACCCUGGGCGCUUUUCCCAGGGCCCUGGUGGGGCUGGGAAGCAGCAGCCUCCUGGCAGCCGGUGGAGCUGCCCGGGUGUCGUGUCCUCAUCUGAGCUCAAAGCCAGGAGAGCGACGGGAGCGUGGAGCCUGGGCGGCUGCAGCUGAGCUGGAAAGACCCCGUCCUGCUCUGCCCCCGGCUGGCACGGCAGAAGAGAGGUUUGAGCCCUGGGCCCUGCUCGCAGGGUCCCCGCUGCCACCCAGCUUUGAUGCUCGGAUCCCCCCUGGCUGCCCGCAUUGGGCUCGCGGUGCUGGAAGUCAGCACCCAGGACCCCUGCCCCGUUCCCAGGACCUUGAGCUGCCUCCUGCCCCCAGCACCUCGGGGCUGUGCAGUGCAAGGAAGGGGAGGCUCCUGUGGCCGCUUUGGGGAGGCCACAGCCUGUCCCAAACAGCCCCCCAGGACGUGGCCCUGCCUGUGGGAGGCUGGGACCAUGGGAGGGGGGCCCUGAACAGGACUCCCCUGCCCCCAGCGCUGGCUGCUGCAGACCCCACCUUGGUGAAGGAGAGCGGGCUGGGCUCUGCAUCCUGAGUGCUGUCUGUCAGGAUCAGCACCGAGGGGCAGGACGAGGACCCCGGAGGGGUCCUGAGCACCAUGCCAGGCAUGGCUGGAGCCCCCACCACGACUCCCAGCCUGCGCCCAGCUUCGGCAGGCUCGUGCUGAAGC